CCCAAACCUCAAUGAACAAGUCUUCUAAUAUAGACCUCGUAGGCCCCGUGAGCCUGCAAACUUCACCGCAAUUCCCCAAUCCGCCCUAAGCCUCAUUUCCAGCACUUUUCGACCUGCCGAGUCGGUCUUGGCGAAUCUUUCACUCAUCUGGAUUGAUUAUACAAUCAAGAAAUUUGAUUCUCUGGAAAGGUUAAAAUUGUUUCUUAGCCGGUCGCCACAAGGAAAUAUGUCAAGACCAACUCAAAGACCCAUCAAACGCCUUCUCGUUGCGAACAGAGGCGAAAUAGCAACACGAAUUAUAUCUUCAGCUCGAGAACUUGAUAUUGAGACACACGCGAUAUAUGUGUCUGGGGACAUGUCCCAUGCCGCACGAGCAGCCAAUGCAAUCGAACUACCAUCGGCAGCAUCCUUCAUGAACAUUGAUGCGCUUAUUGAGAUCGUCAAGAAAUAUCAAAUCGAUGCUGUACAUCCCGGUUAUGGCUUCCUUUCGGAAUCUGAAGUGUUCUCCAAGCGAAUGUGGGAAGAAGCCUGUGCUAUGGUGGUAGGUCCUGGAUGGGGUAUCUUGGAGAAUACAGGGGACAAGCUGAAAGCGAGACAGCUUGCUGAGAGGUACAAUGUCCCUGUGUCUCCAGCUCUACGCAAGCCCACCAACAGCGUGGAACAUGUACGGCAGUUCGCAUCCGAGACUGGCUACCCAAUCAUGGUCAAAGCGAUAGACGGUGGAGGCGGUCGAGGCAUUCGACUCAUUCAAAGCGAAGAGCAGCUGGCCUCUUUAGUGAAGCGGGCAGUCGAGGAGAGCCCCUCUAAGCAGAUAUUCGCAGAGAAGGCAGCAAUCAAUGGCUUCCGCCACGUUGAAGUGCAGAUUAUCGGCGAUGGAACCGGAAACGUUACACACCUCUGGGAACGCGAGUGCAGCAUUCAAAGGCGAUACCAGAAAGUGGUGGAGCUAGCGCCGAGUGUCAUACCUGAUCGCAAACUGAUCGCGAAGGUCAUCGAGGAUGCACUCAGGAUGGCUAGGCAUAUCCAGUAUUUCUCCUUAGGCACAUUCGAGUUCCUUGUAAAUCCGAGCAACAGAGAAUACUAUUUCCUAGAAGUCAACCCGCGGUUACAAGUCGAACACACAAUUACGGAGUCUAUUACUACGACGGAUAUUGUCAAAGCUCAGCUACUGCUUGCUCAAGGCGCCAGCCUGGAAAGUUGUGGUUUACCCAACGCCAAACGUGACCCGGAACUCACACCUCCAGCACACUCAAUACAGCUUCGUAUAACAGCGGAGAAUGUACAGAGUGACUGGUCCCUGUCAAUUGGUAAGAUUACCUCCUUUCGAUUUCCUACAGGCAACGGAAUCCGCGUCGAUACACAUCUCAUCAACGGUCACGCUUCCGUUGUAUCGGCAGACUUUGACAGCCUACUUGCUAAGCUCAUUAUCACGGCAUCUUCUUGGAGAGAUGCGGUCCGAAAGGCUCAAAGAGCCUUAGAUGACACUCAAAUCAGUGGUGUGAAGACCAAUCUUGAUGUUCUAAAGGCCAUCGUUGCGCAUUCUGAUUUCCUAGAGGGCCAAUGUGAUACACAAUGGCUAGAAAGCAAACAACAAGAGCUUCUUCACUGUGGACAACUCCUCUCCGCUUCCCGGCAAAUCAAUCUGGCUGCAGACACCACAAGCACAUCUUCGAGUGCUGUAAUAUCAACACCAAACACACUUUUUCGCAAGGGCGAUGCAUGGUCGAUGGCCAUAUCUACUCCUGAUGAUGUAAAGCACAAAGGCGAGCAACUACCAUACCACCUUGAGCUAACCCGUGUUCUGCGCAACGAGUUUCCUACCUCGUUAAGUGCCGAGUUUCUCUUCACAACGCCGUCUGCAUCAUCUUCUGCCAGGCCUCAUUCCACACCUUACACAAUUACCUUGAGCGCAACAUCCGCCAGUGCGUCAGCGGCAACUUCACAUCACAGGCGCGGCAACCCAUCAGACCCUUCACAUAUAAACAUCCCUUUCCCGGGCAAACUGGUUGAAGUCCUGGUCGAUGAAGGUGACGUGGUCAAGGAAGGCGAUGUGAUUUGUGUAGUGCAGCAAAUGAAAAUGGAACUCGAAGUUCGAUCGCCAAAGAGUGGGAGAGUGACUUGGGUUACCGAGGCGGAAGAUGGAGAAGAUGUUACAGAGGGGACGUUGGCCGCUGUUAUAGAGAGUGAGAAGGAGGCUAGGUUAUAGACGCGACAACCCUGCACGGCCACCAGGAUCGCGAUCUUGUUAGUCCAUGUUCUUCCGAUCCUAUCAGAAAUGCAGGUGUCGGUCGCGUCAUGAUCCCUAGAUCUCGGCCACUAGCGGCGGGAGUCCCUUGCGCUAAACGCAUUCAACCUUCAUCUAAACGUCAUGAUUUCAAGAUGUCAAAGACUAUGUCACAGCAGACCAUAGGCUGCAAUAGGCCUGAGAAAGCCCGUGAAUUGACGUCC